CUGGAUUGGGCUUGUGGUGAAGCACUAGCAUUUGGAUCACUGCUCAAAGAAGGCACCCAUGUCCGACUCAGCGGACAAGAUGUGGAACGUGGAACAUUCUCGCACAGACAUCAUGUACUGCAUGAUCAGACAGUCGAUAGGAAAGUCUACAAUCCAUUGAAUGAUUUGAAGGAGGGACAAGCAGAGUAUACUGUUUGUAACUCAUCAUUGUCUGAGUAUGCUGUUCUCGGGUUCGAACUCGGUUACUCCAUGGUUGAUCCUAACUCUUUGGUCAUUUGGGAAGCUCAGUUUGGAGAUUUCGCGAACAAUGCUCAGUGCGUCAUUGACCAGUUUGUUGCUUCUGGUAAGUAUUAUGAUCACUUUUCCACUCUUCUCACGCUUCCCAUUUGGUUCUCUCCUAUGAAAUAG